UUGAUCAAGCCAUGUUAGAAAAGCCAAUGAAAGAUUCAAUCUUUGAAGAAAGAAAAGAGUUAAUGGUUUCACCAUUAGGUGGAAUACCACAACUAAGAAAAGCCCAUUUCUUGAAACCUAUUGUUUCUUCCAUUGAAGGUCCAAAUUUGAAGCUUGCUUCAUUUCCAUUUUCAUCUGAAUCUGAAUGGCCUUUAAAAGUUUCCUUUAAUGGUUGUAGAAAUCAGCAAAACAAAUGGAAAAAAUGGGUUGAAAACAUGGAGUCUGUUCAUCAUAUUGUGUGGAAAAAAGCUGGUAUUUAUGAAGCUAUUAUGGGGUCAGUUUACAAAGUACAUACUGAUCAAGAUUUGAUUUUUGGGUUGGUAGAAAGGUGGUGUUGUGAAACUAACACUUUUAUUUUUCCAUGGGGUGAAAGUACUAUUACUCUUGAAGAUAUGAUAAUUUUGGGAGGGUUCUCUGUUUUGGGUGGACAUGUUUCAUUGCCUGUUGAAUCCCCUGAGUUGGUAGAAAUCGAAAAAAAUCUUGAAAAAACGCGUAAUGACCUUAUCAGAUUGAAGGCUGAUAAUCAAAAUAAGUGGUUGAGUUUUUUCAUGAACAGUGGUAAAAAGUUUGAACAUGAAGCUUUUCUUUCACUUUGGUUGUCUAGAUUUGUGUUUCCUGGAAAUGAGUGUGAUAAAAUAGGUAGACAUGUUUUCUCUAUUGCUGUUAAUCUUGCUAGAGGUAGGCGAUUAGCGCUUGCUCCUGCUGUUCUUGCUAGUGUAUAUAGGGACUUGAGCUUGUUGAAACAAAGUAUGAUAAUUGCUUCAUCAAAUGAGCCAAGUAGUAACGGAGAUGAUGGAGAUAGUUUUAACAUUCUAGAAUUUACUCUUUGGGCGCCGUUGUUCUUUGUUCAAGUUUGGGCUUGGGAGAGGUUAGUGCCUUUGAAGCCUGAGCAGGCUCGGAAUUGCAAGAUGGUUAAGGGGGUGAGAAUUGGACGAUGGCAUGAUGUGAAACAAUCGGGUGUGAUUAACGUGAGGAUGACUAUUGACUCGUCUGCAGAUAUAUUUCUGUGGAGGCCAUAUGCUUUGGCUGUCGAAGGCUGGUUAAUUCCCAAGUUUUAUAAGGAAAAAGAAGAGUUGGCAACAGUAGAAGGUGCAAAUUUGGAACAAGAAUUUGAGUCUUUCGUUCGAUGUUUGAGGGUAUCUGAGCUUGUUGGUUUAGAUUGUCAAGAACCUUAUCGACCAAAUCGUGUAGCAAGACAGUUUGGAUAUGAUCAAGACUUUCCCAAAUGGAUUCCUCGCUCGCCUUCAAGUCCAGAACUUGCUUGGUACAACUAUAGCAGACCCAUUGAGAAUGAUUUGAGGUUAUAUUAUCCGUCUAGGUUGUUUGAAUCGGAUGUCACAACACAAUAUUUGAAAUGGUGGAGAAAAGAAAUAUUAUUUCUAGCUGAUGAAGUCAAAGGAUUGUUGCGUGGACGAAGGAGUAAAAGAAGAUUAAAACGGCUUUCUAACCUUUAUGGUUCUCCUGUUUUUGCUCCCAAGUUAAAGCAAGUGAAAAUAGAAACUGGUUAUGAUGUUUGUGAUGUUCUUUCUGGUCCACCCAAAGUGAAGAAUUACCCUGAUGUUCCUCCUGGUUUUGCUCCCAAGUGUGUUGGGGAAAAUGACAAGAAAAUUUUGUCUAUUGAAGUUUCACAAACAAUGGCUUGCGACAUUGUGACUCAUGGUUCAGUGGAGAAGAAUACAUCAGAAGAAAGAAUUUACACAUCCACUGACUAUGAACAUGACAGCAAUGAGGGUAAAAGUGAUGCUUGUGAUGUUCUUCCUGGUCUACAUACUAAAGGUCAAUUAAAACAAGUGAAGAAUUACCCUGAUGUUCCUCCUGGUUUUGCUCCCAAGUAUUGUGGGGGAAAUGACAAGAAGAAUAUGUCUAUGCGGGUUUCACAAACAAUGGUUUGCGACAUUGUGCCUCCUAGUUUUGUGGAGAAUCAUACUGCAGGAAAAAUAAUUUACGCAUCCACUGACUAUGAACAUGACAAAAAUGAGGGUAAAAGUGAUGUUUGUGAUGUUCUUCCUGGUCUACAUACUAAAGGUCAAUUAAAACAAGUGAAGAAUUACCCUGAUGUUCCUCCUGGUUUUGCUCCCAAGUAUUGUGGGGGAAAUGACAAGAAGAAUAUGUCUAUGGGGGUUUCACAAACAAUGGUUUGCGACAUCGUGCCUCCUGGUUUUGUGGAGAAUCAUACUGCAGGAAAAAGAAUUUACACAUCCACUGUCUAUGAACGUGACAGAAAUGAGUGUAAAAGUGAUGCUUUUGAUGUUCUUCCUGGUCUACAUACUAAAGGUCAAUUAAAACAAGUGAAGAAUUACCCUGAUGUUCCUCCUGGUUUUGCUCCCAAGUAUUGUGGGGGAAAUGACAAGAAGAAUAUGUCUAUGGGGGUUUCACAAACAAUGGUUUGUGACAUCGUGCCUCCAGGUUUUGUGGAGAAUCAUACUGCAGGAAAAAGAAUUUACACAUCCACUGACUAUGAACAUGACAAAAAUGAGAGUAACCUUUAUGGUUCUCCUGUUUUUGCUCCCACGUUAAAGCGGGUGAAACUAGAAACUGAUUGUCAUGUUUGUGAUGUUCUUCCAGGUCCACCUAAAGUGGAGAAUUACCCUGGUGUUCCUCCUGGUUUUCCUCCAAAGUGUAAUGGGGAAAAUGACAAGAAGAAUUUGUCUAUUGGAGUUUCACAAAUGGCUUGCGACGUUGUGCCUCCUAUUUCAGUGGAGAGUCAGACUGCAGGAGAAAGAGUAAUUCACACAUCCACUGACUAUGCACAUGACAGAAAUGAGAUUAACAGUGAUAUAGCUCCCAAUCUUGUGACCAACGAGCAGAAAAGAGGGGAAAGAACCAGCUGUGAUGAUCUUGUAAUGGUUAUAGAAGCUGGUCUUAGCAGGAUUGAGAGACAAGCUGCUUUACGCAAGAGACACUAGAUUCAAUAUAGUUUGAUUUCAAAUGCCUAUUUAUAAUCCUUUUUUGUGGUUUACUUGUUCCAGAGGGGUCGCUUAGUUUUCCUCUUUCAAUUUUCUGUUUACCUUCUCUUUUGAUUAGUUAAUGUACAGAGUCUACAUGAAUAGUCUGUUUCUAGUUAUCGCAGUAAGGAAUGUCUGCAAUGCUGCUGCAUAGUUAUCAAAAGUUUUAUGAAUCCUUUGUAAAGAUCAUUGCUCCGAAGAAGGUCCGAAGAAUCUUGUUAAGUCACUGGUGUAAAGAACGUUUUAAUUAACAUAUCUUCUAUUAUGAAGUAGAAUAUGGUAUACUGUUGCAUAGUUGAUCAGAUCUUUGUAUUGUGAAUUAACCUGCUGGUAGAAUCUACAUAUCUGAUGCAAAAUUGCAUUUGUCAAUUUUGUGUUGCUGCUUCAUGUUUGUAGUCUUUUAAUAUAAUAUGAUUUGAGUAGGUACCAUCAUGUUUCUUUUUA